GCCUGACGAAUUGGGCCGAAAUAAAUCUAUUUCCUGAAAUAAACGGACCUUUGAGCACUAAGAGGCACAUUCAGAAGUGAAUCGGAGCAGCGAAGCGUGCUACCUGGCAGGACCCACUUGUAAAACAGGAGAACCGGGAGGAAUCAAGCACUUUGCGGCAUGCCACUGCCCACGAGCUCAUUUUCCCAACAGGGACCCACAUGCUUUGAUAAGAUGAAGACGGGCUUCAUCAUCGGAUUCUGUGUGGGAAUGGCCAGCGGAGCGGUCUUCGGCGGUUUCUCGGCACUCAGAUACGGACUACGUGGUCGGGAGCUGAUCAACAAUGUGGGCAAGACCAUGGUCCAGGGCGGCGGAACCUUCGGGACUUUCAUGGCCAUCGGUACCGGUAUUCGCUGCUGAUCCUGCUGGCAUUUGCCUAGAGUUACUAAAAAACCAAACCUUAAGUCCCACUCCAAUCUUGUUUAAAUUACGUUAAGUUAUUGCAAUAGAGAUGUUAAAGAGA